CCUAGCGGUAGAGUAGUACGUACUCGUGACUUAACUUUUUUGACGUUUGCGUUCGUGUCAUCGCAGUAAACAGUACACGUACUCGUUUUUUUGUAAUUUUUAUCCACAAUCUUAUCAGAUUUCACUGGUUUAGUGCAUUUUGUUAUUUAUUUUAAACGGAAAAUGUCGUCAACUGAAGAUACUUCACAGCUGAAAGCUGGACAUCCACCAGCAGUGAAAGCUGGUGGCAUGAGAAUCACACAACAUAAAACGCCUCAUGCGAAAGACCCCAAAGAACCAGCAAAUGAAGACUUAACGGGGCUCUCUGGCCCAUCACCAGUGCCGUCCAACCCUGUAUCAAUCUCUGGAGCACCUAACAGGGGCAAUGCAGACUUCACACCGGAGGCUGCACAAGUAGCACAUAGUCCGAAGCCUCCAGCUCAUAUCAACAUUAAGCCCAGCCCACACAUCCAACAGCCCAGAAAGUAGACUUAAAUAAAGAAGUUGGAUAGGCAUACCAAAACUCCAAAUACACAUUAGGUAUAUAUUAAAAAAUAUAUAUAUUUUAACUACAGGAUUAACAAAAGUAUAAUGUAAGAAUAUAUUUAACAAUCAGGAAAUUAUAAUAGCAAGUCUAAACAUUAAUGAAAUUUUUAUCAACUAACAAUCAAUAUUUCUUCACAGCUGUUCAAAUAUCACUGAAACAUUCCUAUUCAUGUCAUUACUAAAUGUCGAACUUAAAACGCCUCAUGCGAAAGACCCGAAAUACGAAAUAACUUGACUGGGCUUAAACCAGUACAUUAUGCCAAUUGGACCCUGCUAUUCCAACGAGCUGCAGGAGAUCUUAACAAUAUUAUCGGGGUCUCUCAUAUGCUGCUAAAAAUUAUUUUCACAGUAAUGUCCUGAAAAUAAAAUGUUACUACAAUCAUAGCAUAACAUUCACGAGUUUGCUACUC